AUGGAGUUUGGCAGGUGGCUGGAUCGCGUGAAGGAGAAGGUGGCGGCGUCCUCUGGUGAACGCGUCGACGACAGCGCCUACGCAAACGAGAAGGAGGCCAUCUUCGUUGAAGUCAAACAGGCCGUCCAAUCGGUGAGCGUGGCGGGCGAUGUUGCGAUCCGGUCCACCCCAGAGUCGAUGCGCCUGUGCUCGGCCAUCGAGCGUGUACUGUGCCACGGCCUCAAGAUACCGUGGCACGCGGGCGAGCCCACCUUCUGGCGCGCAGCCGCUGUGAUCUCACACAAGGACGUCGUCAACGAGAUCAAGCGCCUUGCUCACGCAAACAGCGACGCCGCCCGUGUGCGUGCGUGGAUCAGACUCGCCCUCAACGAGAACGCCCUGGAGAGCUACGUGCACGCCCUCCUGCACGACACGUCGCUCAUGGAGGAUGUAUAUGAGACGUAUGCGUAUAUGCGGGAUGAAGAACAGGCAACCAAGUUUGAAACCCUCCUCGCAGGCCUCAGCUUCACCACCUUUCAGAUGAGUGUGGAUGACAGUUCAUUGGACGUGGCGCCAACACCGCGCGCAGCACAGCAGGAGCUCGUCAUGAUGCACUCGCCACCGACACCAGUCAAACGGGCAGAGCAGCACCAGCAGCACCAGCAGCAGCAGCAGCGCAAGAAAACAAAGGCAAAGAAGAAGCAGAAGAAGAAACCAAAACCACCGCACUCCAAGAAGGGAGCGGAGCAUGAACGCGACACAGCAAAGGACGCGGCGAGUGACGCCCACUCGCACGCCACCACGGCUGCACGCAACGUGCACAGCUGUGACGGUGACGGCCGUGACGCUGGUGAAGAUGGUGGUGAUGGUGGCGAGCAGCGAAUCACAGUCACGGGUGAUGAGCGCACGGCAGACAGUGACGCUGGUGAUGGUGGCGGUGGUGAUGGUGGUGAUGAACGAGGUGAUGUAGGGAGCACACAUCACCUGCAAGGUGUCAACGAACUUGGCUCGCCAACACACGCGCACGAGCAAGAAGGCGGAGAGGACGAAGAAGAAACCUCAGCGGGAGAACGUGGACAAGACGAGGAAACGGAACGUGGGCAAGAAGAAGAAGCAAAGGAACACCAUGGGAAAGGGGAGGCAAAGGAACAGGGAAGAGAAGACGAAGAAGAACAGGCCCGAGCGCAGCCAGAGACACAACAACAACAACAACAACAGCAACAACAACAACAACAACAGCAACAACAACAACAACAACAGCAACAACAACAACAACAACAACAACAACAACAACAACAACAACAACAACAACAACAACAACACAAAGGCGCGACUGCCGCAGCAAGUGAUCACACCACCAGCCCUGCAGUGAAUGCAGGACAGAGUACAGGCGCUGUACAAGAAGUGGCGGUUUGUGAUGAACGUGACGUGAGCGCAACAGAGAGUGCUCUGACGAGCGAUGGCAUUGCAACGAGUGUCGUGACAGCACAACAACAACGAAACCAAGGUGAAGAGGAGCACAGUGAAGUAGAAGCAGAAGCAGCAAAGAAAGAAGCGAACGAGGAACACAGCGAAGAAGUUGUGGAGCGACAUCAACGCAAACAAGACGACAACACCAGCAACCAAGCAGACCUACAACAACAACAACAACAAGUGCGAGUUGACAGAGAUGACAACAACAAUACCGGGGGUGCCAGCACGGCGCUCACUCCAACACCUCUUGCGACCACGAGCACAGACCAAGCAGACACGAGCUUUGACGGGUUUGAGAUCAUCACACACGACGACAUCGACACGCCAACACCAGCGGCAGGACUGAGCCGCCACCGCCACGACCACGACCCUGGCGCGCUGAUCUCUGCUGGUGGCGGUGACAGUCGUCUCGUUGACGUCCCGCUUGCACUGGACAUUGAGAGCGACGCAACAACAACAGCGGACAACACGCCCGUGGAGGGCCGAAGUGCAGCCGGCAGCUUCUACCGCAUGUUUGAGGAAGUGAUGAUGGCCGACGACGACAACACCAACGACGAUGCACACGGCGCCAUCCCAGCGACAGCGGCAACAGCUGCAACGGCAGUUGUGCAGGGACGGACAUACGAAGACCGCCACAGCCUCGGCUCAUUCACAAGCGCCACUCACUCCAUCGGAAGCACAUCGCAUCCACACCAGCACCACCAGCAACACCGCCCGCGCGAUGUCUCCCCCCUCAGCACAACGUCCACUCACCAACGCCAGCACCCACAGCACCACCCACAACACCACCACCAACACCACCAUCAUCAGCAGCACCACCAACACCCCCAUCAGCAGCAGCAGCAUCAAGCCCGCCAUGCAUCACCGUCGUCAUCUGCUACAAUGGUGCGAUCGGUGUCGUCGCCUCGGCAGCGGACCGUGUCGGGGAAGCGACGCGACCACGGUGUUGAUGAGCAGUUGGCACACGCUGUUGACGUACUCGUGGACGAAGAACCGCAGAGUACCGUGCCCUUUGAGCACAAUGGCCACGAAUUCUACAUUCUGCCCAAGUGCGCGGGCGACUGUGCCGUGUGCUCCCGGCCGCUCAAGACGGCACUCAAGCCCUCUCGCCGCCUCCGCUGCUGCCGCUGCCGCAUGAACGUCCACAAGCGCUGCCACACGUACGUGGCCCGCCCCUGCGUUGGCGGCCGGGCUGACCUUGCACGCCUCACCACCGCCAUCUGCCCCGACGACGGGCUCUGCGCACAGGACUACAAGUGCGCCGGGUGCGGCACCCACAUUGGCCACCAGCCGCUGUUGGCGCCGCCCAAGCUGUGCGACUACACGGGCCAGCACUACUGCAGCACGUGCCACCAUGACCAGCGCGCCGUCACCCCUGCGCGCGUCGUGCGGUCGUGGCAGUUUGCCGACAUGCCCGUGUGCCUGCAGGCAUCGGAGGUGCUGGCGGCCACCCACGACCUGCCGCUGCUGGAAAUCCGGCGCCUGAAUCCGUCCCUCUUCCGGCACGUGGAGGACCUGCGGGAGCUGGCGGGGUUCAGGGCCACGCUGGCACACAUGUCGUCGUUCCUGCUGACGUGCCGCCGCCUGCCGGAGGCCCGGAUCCUGCUUCCGCUGCAGGGCCACCGCCACUUUCUCGACGCGGACGCAGAACACAUGUACUCCAUGCGCGACCUGGUGGCCUUGCAUGCAGGCAAGCUGCUGAAGGUGGUGGAGAAGUGUGUGCAGGACUGCGAGGAGCACAUCACGCGCAGGUGCGUCCUGUGCAAGAGCAAAGGCCACGUGUGCAGGGUGUGCCACUCCGAUGACACCCUGUUUUCGUUCCAGCCGGACACGCACAAGUGCGCCGUGUGUCGUUGCGUCUUCCACCACCACUGCUUCCACGCAGCGGCAAGCGGCAUCUGCCCCGCCUGCGAGCACAGGCGCCAGCUAAAGGACAGGCAACGCAGCACCAGCACCAGUGGCAGCAGCGCCGUCAAGAGCAGCAACGCGUAG